AUGGCUAAAAGAGGCCUAAAAAUUUGUUUGAUCGUGUCUACAUUGUUCUUGAUCAUUAUCUCAAUUGUGACACUAACUUUGAUUUUAACCAUCUUUAAGCCCAAGGAUCCUACUAUUCGUGCCAACUUUGCUCAAUUCAAUUUCCUUUCAGCCAAUAUAACCAUGAAUAUGACUUUAGGCAUGGUUAUAACAAUAGUCAACCCAAACUAUGCAGGCUUCAAAUAUCAAAAUUCCAUAAGUUAUAUCAAUUAUCAUGAUACUAUUGUAGGCAAUGUUCCAAUAGAGUCACAACUUGUUCCAGCACGUAGUGAAAUUAAUGUGACCACUUCAGCAGAUUUAAUGGUGGGAAAAUUGUUACAAAAUCCACAAUUUUGGAAAGAUAUGGUACAUAAUAGGAUGAUAAUUAAUUUUACAUCAACAACUGAAUUGCCUGGGAAAGCAAUUCUUUUGAAAUAUAUCAAAUUGAAGGCUAUAACAUAUUGCUCGUGUGACAUCUCUGUUAAUAUAACUUCCAAUGGUGCUGAUAGCAAUUGCAAAUCUAGAAUCAAGUUAUUUUACUUUGGAAGCUAG